UCCUGCUACUCAAUUUUAAAUAUAAAUUCAAGAAAUCUCAUUAAGACAAAAAAAAAUAAAUAUCUAAAUAUGCUAAUCUUCUAAUAUUCUUUUUUUUUAACACUAAAAUACUUCAGUCAGAAUAUAAAAAUUUCGCGAGUUUAAAUAAGUUGUACUGUAAUGAUAUAUUUUUAAGUUAAUAUUUUACACAUGCAUUGGAGCUAUCAAUCAAUUGUACCAAUAGCGGUCAAGGACUUUCUCCCCCCACUGACUACCCCACAAAAAGACAACUAUAAAAAGUUUAAAACUCUCCGACUUUAAUAAAACCACUGCAGUUCAAAAGUGAUCAGUGAUCAUGUUUCUUGGGGAAAUAAUUCCAAAUUUUGAGGCGCAAACCACUCAAGGUUCUUUUAAUUUUUAUGAGUGGUUGGAAGAUUCGUGGUGCGUCCUUUUUUCUCAUCCGGCGGAUUUUACUCCUGUCUGCACAACUGAACUGGGAAGGAUUGCUGUAUUUUUCCCUGAAUUCACAAAAAGAAAUUGCAAAUUACUCGCGCAUUCAGUGGAUGAUUUAAAAAAACAUGUCGAAUGGGUGAACGAUAUUAAAAACUACUGUUUAGACAUUCCUGGUGAAUUUCCAUACCCUAUUUUGGCCGAUCCGGAACGGAAAUUAGCUGUUCAGUUAGGGAUGAUAAAUGCUGAACAGGAAAGAGAUCCAGAAGUUGUGCAAACUGUUAGAUCCCUCUUUAUUAUAAGCCCGGACAAAAGACUGCGUCUCUCAAUGACUUACCCAGCAUCCACAGGUCGAAAUGUCGAUGAAAUUUUGCGAUGUAUUGAUUCACUUCAACUGGUUGAUCGUCUAAAAAUUGUCGCCACUCCAGCCAAUUGGACGCCUGGUGAAAAAGUAAUGAUUCUUCCUGAGGUUACAGACCAAUAUGCGAAUAUGUUAUUUCCUAAAGGUAUAGACAGUGUACCGAUGCCAUCAGGUAUAAAAUAUAUCCGUACCACUACACAAUAUCAAUAAAUUCUAGAUAAAAUAAAAUAAAGUAUUGCCAUACAAA